CUGAGGCAGGUAAACCCGCGCUGAUGGACAGCAGCGGGGAGCAGCUGGCGGCGGCGGAGGAGGAGGCGGCGUGCACGUCGGCCUCGGAGGGGCUGGAGGAGGGGGAGGUGGAGGGGGAGACGCUGCUGAUGGUGGAGGCGGAGGGUUCUGUGGACCUGUCACAUGACCAGAGCGGAGACUCUCUGACCAGCGACGUGGGGGAGGAGCCGGACGGAGGCUGGGCCUGCGAGGACAUGUCCUUCUACUGCGACCGCUGCCACAAGUGGGUCCCUGCAGCUCAGCUCCGCGGGGAGCAGCCCAGUUACCUGAAGGGAGACAACUUCUUUAAGUUCCUGUGCUCCGACUGCGCCGAGGAUGGGAAGGAGAGCUUCGAGAGGAUGAGGCUCACCUGGCAGCAGGUGGUGAUGCUGGCCAUGUACAACCUGUCGCUGGAGGGAACGGGGCGGCAGGGAUACUUCCGCUGGAAGGAGGACAUCUGCGCCUUCAUUGGUCGACACUGGAACUUCCUGCUGGGAAACAGGAAGAAGACGUCCACAUGGUGGAGCACGGUCGCCGGCUGCCUGUCGGUCGGCAGCCCCACCUUCUUCCGCUCCGGAGCGCAGGAGUUUGGAGAGCCUGGCUGGUGGAAGCUGGUCCAGAACAGGCCCCCCACCCUGAGGCCCGACGGGGACAAGUCCAGCUCCAAGACUAAAGCUUCCAGGCCGCCCAUGGAUCCCAUCAUCACCGUAGAAGGUCUGAGGAAGCGAGGCGCCAGGAACCCCGUGGAGAACGCCAUGCAGCUGAAGGAGAAGCGUUCUCGCACCCAGGAGGCCAAAGACAUCCGGCGGGCGCAGAAGGAGGCGGCGGGCGGCUACAUGGACCGCAGCGCCUCCUCCACGCCCGUCAAGCUGGGCGUGUGUCGCGGCGGGCGGCGCCCUGAUCUGGUCCUGGAGCGAGGCGAGGUCAUCGACUUCUCGUCCCUCAGCUCCUCGGACCGCACGCCGCUCACCAGCCCGUCGCCUUCGCCGUCGCCCGACUUCUCGGGCCCGGGAACGCCCGCCUCCCAUUCGGCGACGCCCAGCUUGCUGUCGGAGGCGGACCUCAUCCCGGACGCCAUGCCUCCUCAGGCGCUGUUCCACGAUGAUGAGGAGAUGGAGACGGAGGGGAUGAUCGACCCGGGGAUGGAGUACAUCCCUCCGCCCAACGUCGGCCACGCGGGCCGGAAGAAGCUCCGCCCCCCUCAGCUUCUCAUCAAACAGGAAGCUGACAGCGAGGACGACGACGGCCACCAGGACCGCUUUGAAGAGCCGGCGGGCAGCAACGAGGCUCCGCCCCCUUCCUCCCGGGCGCUGGCAGCGGAGCGGCGGAGGAUGGCGCUCCCUGAGAAGUCAGACGGCGGCGGCGCCCCACGCAGCCCCCGCUUCUCGGCCCUCAGCCUGUACGAGGAGCGGCUGCUGCUGCGGCGGCUGGACGCCUGCCUGCUGGCGCUGGCCGUCACGCCGCAGGGCAAACGCCUCCACAGGAAGCUGCUGCUGCGCCAGGCCAAGCGCCAGAGAGGGCUCCCCCUGCUGGACAUCGACCGGGCCGUCAGCGCCGCCCUCAGCCUGGUGGGAGGGAUCUGCGGCCCGCGGGAGGCGGAGUCACGUGGCGGGGGCGGAGCUAAGGGCCAGUUUGGCACCGGCAGCCAGGAGCAGCGGAUUCUGGAUCGCUUCCAGGUACCGGUACCGCCGGCGGUUCUGUGGGGCGGUCAGAACCUCCUGCUCACGUUUAACCGUCUCUCCCUGCAGACCAACUUCUCCAGCAGAAGAGGAGUCCAGCAGCGCUCCGUCUCCUUCUGGCAUCGCCUGAUGGGGGCUGAGGGCCGCUUGGAGCCCAACAUCAAGAGUCCGUACACGGCCCGCAUCCUGAAGCCCUUCAUCAGGAGGGACUUUGAGUCGCGGCCCCUCAAGCUCCGCCUCCUGGCGGAGAUCAGGGCGUAUCCUCACAGGAAGGAUCCGGACUGGACCCCCCAACCCGAGGCGCCCAUCGACUACUGCUACGUGCGUCCCAACCACAUCCCCUCCGUCAACGCCAUGUGCCACGACAGCUUCUGGCCAGGUGUGGACCUGUCUGAGUGCCUGCAGUACCCGGACUUCAGCGUGGUGGUUCUCUAUAAGAAGGUGGUGGUGGGCUUUGGCUUCAUGGUGCCGGAUGUGAAGUACAACGAGGCGUACAUCUCCUUCCUGCUGGUCCACCCUGAGUGGAGGAGAGCCGGCAUCGGGACCUUCAUGAUCUACCAUCUGAUCCAGACCUGCAUGGGCAAAGACGUGACGCUGCACGUGUCGGCCAGCAACCCCGCCAUGCUGCUCUACCAGAAGUUUGGCUUCAAGGCCGAGGAGUACAUCCUGGACUUCUACGACAAAUACUACCCGGUGGACAGCAGCGAGUGCCGGCACGCCUUCUUCCUGCGGCUCCGGCGCUGAGCGGCGGCUCUGCUGCUUUUACUUCUCUUCUAAAUAAAGGCUUCAGUGCUGUGGUUCUCCUGGUCCUGCUCUGAUGGUUCUACUGGAGGCUGCUGGUACCACCAGACCUCUCCAGCUCUGAAACGUGGUAAACGUGGUUAGAAGCAGGUUCAGAGACGGCAGCAGGACGCUUUUAACGGACCCUCCUGGUUCUUCUGACUGGAAGUGAUACUCUGGAGUCUGGAUCUGUGGAGGAAGCUACUGGUGGUGAUGUUAACGAGGCCUCCAGUUAGGACGAGCUGCUCCGCUCUUAGAGGAAGGAUCUGAUUGGCCGUGAUGCUAAUUAUCAUUUUUCAUUAUCAGAAAAGUGAUGAAAAAUCAGGGAAUUUGUAAUAAUAUCUAAGAAAGUCGCUCAUGUUGUCAAACUGAUCCGCCUUUAACACGUUUAUUAGUUUUAGAGAGAUCUCUGCCUCAUUUCCACGCCGAAUCAAACUUCUUUCUUUAAUGAAAAGAAUCACUGAGUCAUUGAAUCAUUCUGGCUGAACAGUUCACUUUGGGCUAGCGAUUCUUACAUUUCCAUGUGUGGCCAGCAGGAGGCGCUGUUUCCCCAUAUAAGAUAUGCAGGUUGGAUCUGGUUCCUGUAAAGGUUCUCUGCUGCUGCUCCUGCUGGACUAAAGACAGAAAAUAUGUCCAAAAUAUCCUUAAUGCUGCUCUGAAUCUUUUGGCCUGAAGUUCAUUUGAAAAAUUGUUUAAAAUUAAAAAAUCCUUAAAAAAAUUCACUUUUUGCCGCACUCUAAUUUCUCACCCUAAUUAUGAAAGUCAAAUAAAAUCCUGCGUGAA